AUGCGGGCUUCCACUACUCUCCUUUGGCGAUCGCUUGCAGUUCGACAACACGCCCAUCGUGCAUUUCAUACAACACGUUCUCAAUGGAGCUAUGCAACCAAGCAACCAUCCGUAGCUGCUGCUGCCGCUGCUGCAUUAGCUAAUGGACCCCUUGGCAAAGGCAUUGACGCGUUCCGUACAGUGUUGUCAUCAAAACCACUCACCAAACCGUUUACUGGAAAAGCUGAUACGUGGGAGGAUGCAUUAUGCGAGGCUCAAGGUUUGGUGGUUGACAAGAAUGCCGGUAGCGAUAGCAACACCUUGUUGGACCCUGCCAAAUUACUUGGACCAGAGUUAUGGGAGUUACGAGGCAACAUUACAAAGCUAUUGGGCAGUGGACAUCCUUUCCUCAACACCCUGAUGACACACUUCAUUUGCGAUAAUGGACAACCUAUUCGACCGCUUCUUGUCUUGCUCAUGGCUAAAGCUGCAUCCAACGCACCCUCAUUUGAAAUCACUGAAUCACAGCGACGACUUGCCGAGAUUACACAAAUGAUCCACGUGGCAUCACUCUUGCAUGACGAUAUCAUGGAGGACCAUGCUUCUGUGUUUGGCAAUAAGAUGGCUAUCUUGGCUGGUGACUUUUUGUUGGCACGAGCAUCGCUCGCUUUGGCAUAUCUUCACAACUCGGAAUGCGUGGAAUUGAUGGCAACUUGUAUUGCAAACCUUGUGGAAGGCGAAUUCAUGCAUCUCGUCAAGAACGAUACCAUUCACGAGACAACUUAUUACAUGGACCAGAUUGAAAUGAAGCACGCUAGUCUCAUUGCACAAAGCUGUAAAGGUGCAGCUGUCUUGACCGAUCCAACAUUGGCCAUCCACGCACAUGAUUAUGGUCGCCACUUUGGUGUUGCAUCACAGCUUGUUGAGGAUGUAUUGGAGUUCAAUACCGAUGUGCGAUCCACAGCUCCUAUCAUGUUUGCAGCAGAGCAAGUUGAGGAAUUACGACCGCUUAUUCAACGACAAUUUAGUCAACCAGAUGAUAAAGACAAGGCACGGUUACUGGUGUACCAGGGUGAUGGAUUGAAAAAGACCCUUACAGUGGCAGAGUCUCACAGCAACAUGGCCAUCGAAGCAGCAAACAACCUACCACCUUCAACUGCACGAGAUGCUCUUAUCCAACUUGCACAAAACUUACUUCGCCGAAUCAAGUAG